AUGCUUUGUUCCAUUGGCUGCGGGUUUUAUGGAAACCCUCGUACAAAUAGCAUGUGUUCAGUAUGCAAUAAAGAACAUCUUCAAAAAGAGAAUAGUAGUAAUGGUAGUAGAAUAAGCCUACCUGCAGCCUCGGUCAGGCCCGGGAGGUUACCACUAGAGUCCACGUCCGCAUCUGUGCAGCCAGGCCCUGUAUCGGCUCAGUCACUUGUAUCAGAAUCUGUUGCGUCUCCCCAAAUGGACAGUACAUCUGUGGACAAAGCAGUGCCUGAAACAGAAGACCUGCAAGCUUCAGUAUCAGAUACGGCACAGCAGCCAUCUGAAGGGCAAGGCAAGUCUCUUGAAAAACCAAAACAAAAAAAGAAUCACUGUUUCAUGUGCAGGAAGAAAGUGGGACUUACUGGGUUUGAAUGCCAGUGUGGAAAUGCUUACUGUGGUGUACACCAUUACUCCGAUGUACACAAUUGCUCUUACAAUUACAAAGCUGAUGCUGCUGAGAAAAUAAAAAAAAGAAAAUCCAGUAGUUGUUGA